CAGUUAGUUGCCAGUGAUAAUAAGCCAGCGAUAAGACUCAGAUGAUUCCACCCAACAUCAUUUUUGAUCCAGUGUCAAAUCUCAAUGUGCAGAAUUCAGCUUUCUUCAGGCUGAGGCAAUCAUGAGAGGAAUGCUGGUAUUUCUAAUAGCUGUGGCUCUGGCCUGUGAGGUUACUUCAGAAAUAGAACGACUUCCACGAAGAGUAUGUUACUACACGCCCUCCGAAGCUCCCGCCAUUGAAGACAUACCAGGAGAUCUUUGCACGAACGUGCUCUAUGCUUUUAGUCGAUUAUCCGUGGACACAUGGGAAAUCGAGCCUGCCAACUAUCAGUUCGACAUCGUCGAAGGAGGGUACAAGCGUUUCACAGCCCUGAAGGAAAAGUAUCCUGAGUUGAAAACUGACCUCUCGAUCAACGAUGACAACAUCGCCUAUAUGGCCAGGUACAAGCCCAGGAGAGACGCCUUCGUCAGGAGCGUCGUCGAUCUUUUAAACACUUACGGAUUUGAUGGACUCGACAUCGACUGGGAAUUCCCCCUGUGGCCGAUAGAGAGGGAGAAUUACCCUGUUUUGGUCAGUGAACUCCGAGCUGCCUUCGACGCAGAGGGCAAAGGAUGGAACCUAACGACCGCUGUUCCCUCAUCCCCGAUCCUGGCUGACGUGGGAUUUGACAUUCCGGAGCUUUGUAGUGUCUUUGACGCAGUCCAUUUCAUGGGUUACGAUCUGAGAUCGUCUGAGGAAGGCUUCACCGACGUCCACUCGCCAUUAUACAGGAGGCCGAACCUCGACUUCUUCAUUUUCUACGAUUAUAACAUCAAUGACGGCAUCCUCAAGUGGGUCACAGAGGGAUGCCCUCGACACAAACUCAUUUUGGGCGUUCCCUUUUACGGACGAAGCUUCACCCUGAUCAAGGCCGAGAGACACGGCUUGCACGCGCUCGCUGAAAUCGAAUGGGGUGGAUGGUACGACUAUGGCAAGAUGUGCAAGAGUUUCAUUGAUGAUCCAGGAUGGGGCUGGGGUUACGACGAUGUAGGUCUAGUGCCUUACGCUUUUAAAGACACCUUCUGGGUCGGAUACGAGGAUACGGACAGUCUCUCCAUCAAGAUGAACUACAUCAGAGAAAUGGGUUUUGGAGGGGCUAUGAACUGGCAGCUGAACUGCGAUGAUUACAGUGGAUACUGUGGUCAAGGGAAAUGGCCACUGUUGAAUGCCUUAAACGAUGGACUCCAGAACUAUACUGUGCCAGUCAAGUUUUCUUCCGAAAACGGUGAAACUAACGAUGACUAAGUGGCAACUCGGCGCCUUCAUGAUACAGAGAGACAGACAGACAGAGACAGAGAGAGACAGAGACAGAGACAGAGACAGAGACAGAGAGAGAGAGAGAGAGAGAAAAGUACUCAAAAUAUUGAAAUAAAGCUUGUG